AUGUUCCUUAGAAGCUGUAUUCAGUGUGACCCACUUCACCCUGACGUGGCGAUUCGAAGAGAUUCUGUUUGGCCUUCAUAUGAGUUUCCAUGGUGGACGACUCCUAAGAGCUAUCCAAAGGAGGGAAUCUACUACAUGCUUAGCAAGUCAGCCAAGUGGGCUGAAGAUGGUGCUUUGCCACUUGUGCGAACGAACCUUCAGACAUCAAGCCUAUCACCAAAGGAUGGCAGCUGGCUUAAAGCACAAUUGGAGCAAGCGCAGGAACUCAUUGUGGAAAGGAUUGAACAUGCCAAGGCUGAGGUUGAUUUCAUGAUGCAACAGAUCAGGGAUUGGGAAGAUAUUGUAUUUUUGUCUUCCAAACUUGAUGCUGAGAAGCUCUGGUAUUGUAUGAGUCAGCUUUUCUAUUGUUUGCCAUUGAGUUGGCAUGACGCCAAGCCUCUCCCCAACAUUUUUAUGCCAGAAGUGAGCCAAACAGGCAUGUUCACCGACAAUGGGACAAACACCAUGUGGUGUACCCCACACUCCCAGAGCCAUGCUGGUAGCUUCAUCUUGCUGGCCGUCCUCGGCGAGCUGGUCAAAGACCACAAAUCCUGA